AUGGACUCGAGUCUAAAACGAAAAGAUACGAGCAAGGGACCGCCCCUUCGUAUAUUAUCUCUUGAUGGUGGUGGUGUACGCGGUUACAGCAUCUUCAUCAUCCUCCAAGAAAUUAUGCACCGGACGUUUGUCGAGAUUGAGGGUCGCGCUCCCCACCGCAACGAGAUCCCCAAGCCCGCCGACCAUUUUGACUUAAUUGUUGGCACCGGCACCGGCGGACUGAUUGCCUUGAUGCUUGGUCGCCUACGCCUUGAUAUCGAGACGUGCAAAGAACUCUAUGUGCGCAUGACACGUAUGGUUUUCGAGACCGACAAGACCAUCCUCGGCAUCCCAACCCGUCCGACGCUAUUCAAGGCAUCACGCCUCGAAGACGCUAUCAAAGAGGCUGUGCGCGAACAUACCGUGGCCCUCAGCGAGGGCAAAGACUCGUUCUCCAGCAUCGCCAGUCCCCUUACCACAACGUCCGGCCGGCCCGCCAGUGGCGCUUCGUCUUCGUCUGCACCGCGGCGACACUCGAGCAAUGCAAGUGUCGUAAGCUUCAGCGCGCGAAGCCCCGCCGCACAGAUGGCGAGGCCAUACUACUCCUCUAACCGUGGCGACCCAAACGCGCUACUUUAUGACUCGAGGGAAUUCCGCACAAAAACGGUGGUCACUGCUAUAUACAAAGGCGCACCACGAGGCGAAGAGCCCGUCAUGCUGAGGUCAUACGACUCUAGGCGGGAGCCGGCCCCGGAGUUUGACUGCCGUAUUUGGGAGGCCGGUCGUGCAACUUGCGCCAUUGGCCUUGCCUUUAAGCCCAUUCAGAUCGGCCAGUCCAUGUUUCACGAUGACGGUUCUGGCUCUUUUAACCCCUCACCCCAUGCCCUUGAUGAGGCUACCAUCAACGAGUGGCCGGGCCGUGACGUCGGUGUUUUUGUCAGCGUAGGCACCGGCAAGCGUCCUCGCGGCAGUGACAACAACCCCAUGUGGUAUGAUGGGUUUCUUGGCGAGUUCGCAGAAGCUCGCCGCCGACUUAUUUCCAAGAUCGAAGGUUGCGAAAACAUCCACGAAUAUAUGCAGCAAGAGCACCUGUUGAAGCGCGGCGUCAACGUUGAAAACUACUACCGCCUAAAUGUGGAGGUUGGUGUCGGCGAGUUUGGCAUGAACGAAUGGGGCCGCCUGGCUGAAAUCAGCACCAACACAAAGCGAUAUUUAUCACGAACUGCUGAACGCAACAUGGUUCAGAGUGCUGCCGCCAAACUGGCCAAGAUCAAUCGUGCUAAUGAGCGGCAUAACCGACUUGCCGACGUUCCCGAGUCCAUCCAAAAGUUACAAGGGCAGGCGCCUCUCCCUGCUGCAGAAGUGCUCGCUGUUGAACUGCCUGGCGAUAUGCCCACAGCAUUUAGUACCGCAGCGCCAGGUCCAGCAGCUUACUCCCCACGACAAUCCUACGACUCCGGCAUUGACCAUCUAUCCGUACCUCACCAAAAUGGCAGCCCAUCACCCAGAAGCUCGUCUGACCGCUUUUCGUAUAACGCCCCGCCAUCUCCGCACCAGCAUCCAGCCAUCGCCGAAGUGCCCGACAGCUCCUCACUGUCCCAACCACCGCGCCAGAACGCUCUGCCACCGACCCUACCUCUUGCCAACAGUAGCGGGAGUGGACCGCAACACCCACAGCGGGGUGGGCGGACCGCUGCCGAUGACGAUCGCCUACUAGUAUCGGCCCCGACACCUGAGCAAUGGCGCAACGCGUCUAAUCUAGCCGCUGCAGGCUCUAGCUGGCACGUACAGACCCGACAAUCUUACAAUCAGCAAUCACAGGAGUAUCAACACCCUUCACAACCCCAAGCUCACUACCGUACGCAUCGCAUAGAGCCACCGCCACUCCCACCCAAGACGCCGUUGCCAGAAGGCAACGGGCGCACGACUAGUAAUAGCGGGCGCAGGCCGGACCCACCACCGGCUCCCAGUAGUCCGUCCCCAUUGACACCUUCAUACACGACGCCGAUGGGCGGCGCUCCCUACCCGAUUGAUGACGAUGAAGCGCCACCUCCUCCCGUGAACAAGGCGAGGAAGCCCGAGUACCGGAGACGGUAG